CAGCUAAAGCCUCAAGAAGAUCGGGCGGGCGGCAGUUAAAUCGGCGGCUCGAUCUAAGCGAGUCGCGUUACUCGUCACUGGUGAACACCGCGGGGGUUCUUUUCCGGCACAUUUCACCUUACUCGAUCGCAUUCUCUCCCCUUUUCUCUUCUUUUCUUCGCUUUUUCUUCCGCUUCUGUUAUAAUCUGCGGGACCAGGGAAACCCUAACUCUGGGCUUUUGAUGGAGGAAGAAUUAGAAGAAGAGUGAGGUUAGUGGAUUUUAGUUGGGGGUUUAUGGUCCUAUCCCUAGAACAGGGGUUCUUGGUUGGUGCCUGAGGAAGGAGGAGGAAAAGAAGCAAGGAAGAGGAUGGGAGGAGGAGGAGCUGAGGAGACAGUAGCAGGAGGAGGGCAGGAGGGAGAAGGGCAGAAGGAGCAGCAGCGGGAUAAGCUUCUGUACCCUGAUGACAAAGACCUGCUCUACGAGGAGGAGAUCCAGCGGAACCCCUUCACGCUGAAGCUGUGGUGGCGCUACCUCAUCGCUCACGCCGAGUCCCCUUUCCGCCGCCGCUCCGUCAUCUACGAGCGUGCCCUCCGCGCCCUGCCGGGCAGCUACAAGCUAUGGCAUGCCUACUUGCUGGAGCGGCUGAAGCAGGUGAAGCACCUCCCCGUUACCCACCCGCGCUACGAGUCCCUCAACAACACCUUCGAACGAGCCCUCGUCACCAUGCACAAGAUGCCCGUCAUCUGGAUCAUGUAUCUCACUUCCCUCACCCAACAGCAGUAUGUCACACGCACUCGCCACGCCUUCGACCGCGCUCUCCGCUCCCUCCCCGUCACCCAGCACGACCGCAUCUGGGACAAGUAUUUGACGUUCGUUGGCCAGAAGGGCGUCCCCAUUGAGACCUCCCUCCGCGUCUACCGCCGGUACCUCAAAUUCGACCCUACCCAUAUUGAGGACUUCAUCGACUUCCUUCUUCGCUCUGGCCUCUGGCAGGAGGCCGCCGAGCGCCUCGCCGGCGUCCUCAACGAUGAAAGCUUCCGUUCCAUCCAGGGCAAGACAAGACACCAGCUCUGGCUCGAACUCUGCGACCUGCUUACCAAACACGCCUGCGAGGUCUCUGGGUUGAAGGUGGAUGCCAUCAUUCGGGGUGGGAUCAGGCAAUUCACUGACGAGGUUGGCCGGCUAUGGACCUCGCUUGCCGACUACUACAUCCGCCGAGGGAUGUACGAGAAGGCCAGGGAUAUAUACGAAGAGGGCAUGCGGACAGUGAUCACCGUAAGGGAUUUUGGAAUGAUCUUUGACUCGUAUACCCAAUACGAAGAGAGUAUGCUUGCUGCGAAGAUGGAGACAUUGGACAUCGAAGAAGAGGGGGGAGAACAAUUUGGUGGUGAAAAUGGUGCUGGUGAGAAGGUGGAUGGAGAGGAUGGUGGCGCUGGAGGCGAUAGGACAGACCUACGCGGGUUCUGGUUGUCGGACGAGAAUGACAUUGACCUCCGCUUGGCGAGGUUGGAGCACCUGAUGGACCGGAGGCCGGAGAUUGUUAGCAGCGUCCUUCUGCGCCAAAAUCCUCACAAUGUGCACGAGUGGCAUAAGCGGGUGAAGCUAUUCAAGAAUAAUCCAGAGCGGCAGAUCAUGACGUUCACAGAGGCGGUGAAGACGGUGGAUCCGAUGAAGGCUGUGGGUAAGCCUCACACUCUCUGGGUUGCUUUUGCCAAGCUGUACGAGAACCACAAGGAUUUGGCAAAUGCGAGAGUGGUGUUUGAGAGGGCCGUGCAGGUUAACUACAAGGCUCUUGAUGAUCUUGCAAGCAUUUGGUGCGAGUGGGCGGAAAUGGAGCUUAGACAUAAGAAUUUCAAAGGGGCGUUAGGUCUUCUUAGACGUGCAACUGCUGAGCCAUCUGUCGAGGUUAAGAGGAGAGUUGCUGCUGAUGGGAACGAGCCAGUACAAAUGAGGCUUCACAGGUCUUUGAAGUUGUGGACGUUUUACCUUGAUAUAGAAGAAAGCUUGGGGAAUCUGGAUUCAACACGAGAAGUAUAUGAAAGAAUACUUGAUCUGAGAAUAGCAACCCCACAAAUUAUAAUAAACUAUGCAUUUCUUCUAGAGGAGAAUAAAUAUUUUGAAGAUGCAUUUAAGGUCUAUGAGAGAGGUGUCAAAAUUUUCAAAUAUCCACAUGUGAAAGAUAUUUGGGUCACCUAUUUAUCGAAGUUUGUGAAGAGAUAUGGAAAGUCAAAACUAGAACGAGCAAGGGAAUUAUUUGAGCAAGCGGUUAGGACGGCUCCUGCUGAAGAUGUCAAGCCACUUUAUCUUCAAUAUGCAAAAUUGGAGGAGGAUUUUGGUCUAGCAAAGAGUGCAAUGAAAGUUUACGAUCAAGCAACAAAGGCUGUACCAGAUCAUGAGAAAAUGAAAAUGUACGAAAUAUACAUUGCACGUGCAGCUGAAAUAUUUGGUGUUCCUAAGACACGGCAGAUUUAUGAGCAAGCAAUUGAAUCGGGACUUCCAGAUAAAGAUGUGAAGACAAUGAGCAUGAAAUAUGCUGACCUUGAGAAGAGUCUAGGAGAGAUUGAUCGUGCUCGUGGUAUAUACAAUUUUGCUGCACAGUUUGCUGAUCCACGUUCUGAUACUGAUUUCUGGAACACUUGGCAUGAGUUUGAGGUGCAGCAUGGUAAUGAGGAUACAUUCCGUGAGAUGCUUCGUGUGAAACGUACAGUAUCAGCAAGCUUUAGCCAGAGACAUAAUAUUCUUCCGGAGUAUUUGAUGCAGAAGGAGCAAAAGCAAAUUGCUGAAGAAGCAGCUGACAAACAUGACCAAAUGGCAGCUCUGGAGAGGCAGUUAGCCUCUCCGGCCGUUGAAGCAGUUCCUAAGGAUGGUAUGAGGGCAUUGGGUUUUGUAAGUGGUGGUGUGGAAGGUCAAGUUGGCACUGGUGGAGGAGGAAAUAUGAUAGCAAAUCCUGAAGAUAUCGAGUUAGAAGAAGAUGGUGAAGAUGACUUUGAUGAAAGAGUUGAAGUUGCACAAAAGGAUGUCCCUAUUGCUGUUUUUGGGGACUUGGCCAAAAAAGUCGAGGCUGAUAAAUCUCAGAAUAAUGCUUCUGAAGAUGUUAAAGAAGCUAGACCUCUUGGCGCUCUUGAGAGACUCAAGAAAAGACAAAAGACUUAGUAGGUCUCUGUAGAAGUUGAGGUGACUAUGGAUAAAACAAAGGGUGAUUUUUUCAUUGCCAAGGGUUCUCGCUGUUGUUUGAGCACAGAAAGAAAAUUAGGUCAAGUGCCUAGGAACUUGCUACUGUACCACAGGGAAGAACGACGAACUUCUAUGCCGAUUGUGGCUGAUGCAGAUAUCGAGUUUUGCUGGUGAAGUUGGGUGGCACGUGCUUUUAUGAGUGGAACAGGAUCCAAGCAACAGAAGUGAUGGAACUAGCCCGUUGUCGAAUGUAAUGAGGUCCGAUCAUGAGUAUAUUUUUUCAUCAAGUAGUUCCGUGCUGAAACGCAAUUUUGUUUCUUGACAUGCCGAUUAUCAAUAAUUGUACCAGUUUUGUUGGUUGAUUUCUAAACUCUCACAAAUUGAGCUCUAUUUUUAGAGAGUGAUUAAAGUGGAUAAUUUAGACUGACUUCGGUCAUUUAGGCUUCA